AUGUCUUAUUCAAAUUUAACUUCAGAAUUCUUUAAAAAAUUUUGUAAAUAUAUAUAUUUAUGUGGUAACUCUUAUUUGUGGAUAGAAGAAAUAGAGUUUUCGAGUUUAUUUUUAAAAGUUUACAGAAAAUUAACUGAUUUAAUAACCGUCUGCAUUUAUAUAUUUAUAUCCAUGCAAUUAGCUGGACUUUUCACUCAACCAAAUUUGACUGAAAAGCAAUAUUAUGAUAGAUUUGUACUCAGUUUCUGUCAUCCUGUCACAAUUGUUUUUUAUUUAUAUACCGAUUAUUAUAAGAACACUACCAAAGAAAUAAUUUUCAAGUUGGCCGUUGUUUUGAAAAAUGUUUACAAUGAUAAAGAUAUUGAGAGACAGAUGUUACGAAAGUCGAAGUUGUAUUCAGUCGCAAUCCUAUGCAAUUUUAGUACGACCUUGAUUUCGUAUGGAUUCGAUGGACUUGUGCAAGUAGCAUGCAGAGAAGGCACCUUUACUACGGUUAUAACAGCAUGGCCAGAUGUAGAAGAUAGAAGCGUCUAUGCAAACAUAGGAAGAGUAGCAACCUAUAUUGUUUGGUGGCUAUAUGUGAUUCGUCUAUCGGCAACCUAUUUACUUAUGACAUUUUUAACGAUUUGUCUGAGCUAUCAGUAUAAAAACUUGCAAAGUUAUUUUUACAACCUUGAAAAGAUUUUCGAUGAAAACGAGUUGAGCCAAUUUGAAAAAGAGAAAAAGUAUGAGAGAUCUGUGAAAAUUGGAAUAAAACUGCAUUCUGAAACAAAUUGGUGUGUAGACAAAACUCAAACAGUUUUGGCUUUUGUUUUUAACGGCCAAAUAAUGAUCAACGUUGUCCUAAUUUGUACGGUAAUGCUACAGAUGGCGAACUCUGAGCGUACUAUAAGUAAUGCCCUCGCAACUGUCACGACGGGUACAACUUGUUUAGUAUGCACCGGCUUUUUUAUGUGGUUUGCUGGAGAUAUCACUGUGGAGGCGGGAUCCCUAAGCACAGCAAUAUACAGCUCGGGAUGGGAGAAUUGCGAAGGAGACUGCUCGGCACGAAUGAGGCGUUUGCUGGUGUUUGCAAUAACACAAAGCCAGAAACCAGUGGUACUGCGUAGCUUCGGUAUCGUAGAUCUUUCUUACCAGUCGUUCGUAACUAUCGUCAAAGCGUCAUACUCCGUGUUUUCAUUAUUAUAUUAA